AUGGAUAUCACGGGAAACAGCUUUGGCAACAACGCCACUGUCCACCAAGGGAAUGUGUAUCACCAUUCUUCGGAGGGUACAAGCGACCGCUGCUUGGCGGAUUUGCGACCAACGGACCCCCGCGACGACAAAAUACGGCUUGAGCAAACAAAGGGGGGCCUUUUGAGAGAAUCAUACAGUUGGAUUCUAGAAAAUGACAAGUUCAAGCUUUGGCAUGACGGCGAUGAUGCUCAAGGCCGGCUGUUGUGGAUCACCGGUGAUCCAGGCAAGGGAAAGACUAUGCUAAUAUGUGGCAUCCUUGAUGAGUUGGCAAGCUACACAAGAGUAAAAAAUCCAGAGUCCAAGAGACUGUUGUCGUAUUUCUUCUGCCAGGGUACCGACUUGCGCAUCAACACUGCUGUGGCUGUGCUGCGCGGCCUUUUAUACCUCCUCAUUGACCAACAGCCGUUACUCAUCUCACAUCUCAAGAGCAAAUACGAUAUUGCAGGCAAGAGCCUUUUCGAAGACGCGAAUGCCUGGACAGCGCUAUCCCAGAUCUUGAUAAGCGUUCUGCAAGACACAUGCAUAGGUGAUGCAAUAUUAGUUAUCGAUGCGUUGGACGAAUGCCAGUCAGAUCAAGCAAAGCUCCUGGAUUUCAUCUUUCAAUACUCAUCACUUCGCCGAGUCAAGUGGAUCAUUGCCAGUCGUCCUAGACUUAAUAUCGAGCAAAAAAUGAAAGACGUUGGCUCACGGAUACUUCUCAGUCUAGAGCUAAAGGAAAAUGAAACUUGCAUAUCUAAUGCCGUGGAUGCUUACAUCAAAUUCAGCGUCAGACGGCUUGACUCGGUGCGGGAUGAUGAGGAUCUCCAAGACAACCUUGACAAGGCAGUGCGGCAAAAAGCUAACGGGACAUUCUUAUGGGUUUCCCUUGUCAUGAAAGAGCUUGAAAACGUGGAAAGCUGGGAUGUACUGCAGGUUGUCGAUGAAAUUCCAUCCGACUUGAAACAAGUCUACGCCCGCAUGAUGAGGCAGGUUCUUCAGCUGGAGAGGAAAAACCCAGUGUACUGUAAACAGUUGCUUUCGGCGGUAUGCGCAACGUAUCGCCCAUUAAGUCUUGCGGAGUUAGGAUUUCUCUCAGACUUACCCCGGGGGAUAUCUGAAAAGCCAGGGGCCCUUCGAAGAGUCAUAGCCAUGUGUGGCUCAUUCCUUACAAUACGAGACGAGAACGUUUACCUUGUUCAUCAAUCUGCCAAGGACUAUCUAUCUACCGAAGCCUUCAAGACUAUUUUCCCUGCUGGGAUAGACAAAUAUCAUCAUUUUCUCUUUUCUAGGUCGCUUCAGGGCAUGUCUGGAGCCCUGAAGCGCGAUAUUUGGGGCUUGAAGGCCCCUGGAGCUCUCAUUGAUGAAGCGACGGCGCCCGAUCCUGACCCUUUAGCCACAACACGAUACUCUUGUGUCUACUGGGUUGACCACCUAUAUGACGGCAUCCCAGAUAAAACGCAGGCUCAAAUCCACGCUCUUGAGGACAACGGAAGCAUACACCAGUUUCUGAACGAGAAAUAUCUGUAUUGGUUAGAGGCUCUGAGCUUGCUACGUAGUAUAUUAUCCGGUGUAAGAGCACUCAACAGGCUCGAGGCUUCAAUAACACUCGAAUUCAGCAGCGGCCGUAAUGCAAUUCGCGACAUUGGCGGCCGGACUAAAAUUGUAUUCUCAGCAGAUAACCGGCGGUUUGCCGUAUGCUUUUCACAAUACCACGCUUUUAUCUGGGAUAUAGCGACAAAGACGCUUUUUCGGACGUUACAAGGCAGCUUUCGUUUUUCAGACAACCACAUGUCAUUUUCACCGGACGGCCAGCUAUUAGCUUCAGACAUCGCCGACGGAAUCAAAGUCUGGAAUAUUGAGACAGGAGUGUGCAUAAAGACAUUGGUAUGCCCUGGUGAUGUGACGUCGGUAGUCUUUUCACCAGACGGCCUGCGAAUUGCGUCUGCUUUGUCUGGUGGAAGAUUCAUGAUUUGGGAUACAUCUACAGGAGACCAUCUUCAGACAAUACUCGGUGCGAAUGAUUGGCCUCAGUCGGUGGUAUUCUCUGCCAAUGGCAGAGAACUGAUAUCAGCUUCGGGAGAGGGCGUAGCCAGAAUCUGGAAUGUAGAUGCAGGCCAUACCUCUCCAGUACCCGAAAUCCCCAUCCACAGAAUCGACAGCCUUGUCCUUUCCAAAGAUAACGAGUCGAUAAAAUCACCAUCGGAUGGUGAGGUCAAGAUCUGGAACACGUUGAAUGGCACUUUUUCUCAUUCGAUCCACGUUCACCCCCGAUUUCUUUCCAAUGACGUGAUGUUCUCGGAAGGUGGACAGUGGGUCGCUGUUGUCGAAGAGCAUGGUACAAUCAAGAUUUCGAGUGUAGACGGGAGCCAGUCCAUUCGGAUGUUAAAUGCACAUGGGGAAUUCCUGCAGCAAAUCGUCUUCACCACAAAUGGUCGUUAUCUUGUUAGCCGGGGGUAUGAUGUGGCCAAAACCUGGGAGCCAACGACAGGAGAGUGUCUCCAGAUCAUUCGCGAUGUUACGCCUUGGGUACCUAUAGCAUGCGCUCCGCAUAGUCAGAAAAUCGCAACGGCAACCGUCCAGCGCGGAUCCAAAGUAGUGAAUAUAUGGGACUUGACAACAAAGCAGUGUCUUCAAACUUUGAAUGCGCCCGCUGUUGAAUAUAUGUUCUUCUCCCCAGAUGACAAGCUACUCGGUACGGCAACGGAAGAUAAUACAGUUGAUGAUGACCAAGGCGGGCUAGUGAGAUGCUGGGAUGUAGUCAAGGGCACUUGUGUACAAACUUUUCAGGCCGUCGGUAGAAGAGUGCAAAAAGGCGCUUUCUCGUCAGAUAACCAGGUAAUGGUAUCAAUCUCAACACCCAAGUGGUGGCAAUCCACUAGGCGCUCAGAUAGAAUUAAUGUCUGGGACGUCGCCACAGGUGCCUCUCUGCUAUCGUUCGGCGUUGAUCCGCCAACCAACAGCCUUUCCUUUGAUCCGCUAAACAGUUCUCAUAUUCACACCAAUUUUGGAAUCUUGGACUUAAGCCUUGGUAGUACGACAACGCUCAGCAAUGUAUCACCGCGAGAAGUGCUCUACCGUGGCUAUGGUAUAAGUCUUGAUGGUAUAUGGAUUGUAAACGGCAAGGAGCGUCUGAUUUGGUUGCCUCCAAAUUACCGAAACAGAGCAACGGCAGUGUUGGAAUCUCAGAUCGCUAUUGGUGUUGUCGCCCUCGAGUCGAAUCAUCUAUGUCUAAUCAAGUUUACCGAUAAUUAA